AUGAUGAAGACGGGCACAGCCGUCUUCAACUCCUCGGCAACGAACGAGUCCUACUCCAAGGUAUCUGGCGACUUCAACCCCAUCCACGUCAACCCCUACUUCGCUGAUUUGGCCGCUCUUCCCGCCACAAUCACGCACGGCAUGUGGUCGAGCGCGGCCACGAGGCGCUAUGUUGAGACAGUUAUCGCGCAAGGUCGUCCGGAGCGCGUUGUAGCAUAUGACGUCGCCUUCGUAGAAAUAGUCAUUCCUGGCGAUGAGCUUCAGGCUCGAUCUGUCUGGGAUGCUGCCGAUGCUCAUCUAACCGCCGUCUAUGGCUUCUCUAUCGUCCAGAUCAUCAAGGACAACCCGAAGGAAAAGACCAUCCACUUCGGUCAGACCAUUCGACAGCGGUACAUGGAUAUGACCUACGACACCAUGGACAAGGACGGCAAUGUGAAGACUCUCCCGCUAUUCGGUGAUAUCAACGUGCGGACUCAGUGCUACACAUUCAGUCAUCCUUCUGGUCUCCUGUUUGCUACGCAGUUCGCUCAGAUCGCGCUAGUCGUGACCGAACGUGCUGCUUUCGAGGACAUGCUCUCGUCGCUUGUCGACGUCGUCUUCUACCGUGGUAUCACUAUACAACGCGCUGUUGAGCGUGAUGCUCACAACCGUUCCAACUAUGCCGUGAACCCAAGCCGCAUCUCGAAGACUUUCACGGAUGCCGCGCUGCGGGAGGUUAUUGACGAUAUCGCUCACCGCACACAGUGCUUGCACGAGAUCGUCAACUACAACGUCGAGGGUCAACAAUAUGUCUGUGCGGGUGAAUUGGUCGCUCUGCAAACCAUGACCAACGUCUUGAAUUACCUAAAGAUCGAGAAGGUUGACAUUGCGAAGUUGACAGUGAAAUUCACCGUUGGGGAAAUCAUCAACUCCUGUUUUACACGUGCCAAGGAUCAGCAGAAGGCGGAAGGCUACAUCAAAUUGGAGCGCGGGUUCGCAACGAUCCCUCUCCCAGGGAUUGAUGUACCCUUCCAUUCUCGCUACUUGUGGGCUGGUGUAAUGCCAUUCCGAGCCUACCUCUCUAAGAAGGUCAAUGCGGCGCACCUGAAUCCGGACACACUCAUCGGCAAGUACGUGCCGAACCUGAUCGCGAAGCCUUUCCAAGUCACGAAAGAUUAG